AUGGCUGCUGGACAUGCCGUGGCCGCCGUGUCAAGUGCGACGAAACACGUCCCAGAUGCACUCGGUGUAGUGUCAGCGACCUUGAAUGUGAUUAUGACGUCCGCCUUAUUUGGCAGGAAGAUAAUAUUGCAAGAGGUAUUUGUCAUGGCCGAACGGGGAGCCCCAGAGCAGCCAUUCCCUCGAAUACCGCGGGCACGCUUCCUGAAUACCACCCUGAAGGAUAUCCAGAUAUACAUGGGCGAUCAUGAUGAUAAGGAGCCUGAGGAAGACUCCUCACUCGAGAACUGGGAUCUAGUUGGCGCGGGUGACCUGGAAUCAGAACCUAUGCCAGCAGGCGAUCCCCCCAACGGAAUGGCCCUGAUUCAACCUAGAAGGAGUUCUGCCUACGAUCACAUACUACUAUCGUAUUACGAGGCUGUUAUCUGCAGCUCAUCUACACUGCUGGACGAUGAGAAAAACAACCCCUACCGACAUGUCUUGCUCCCUAUGGCUCUACAAUCCCAAGGCGUUUAUCAUGCAACCCUUGCCAUUUCAGCCAGCACAUUGCGGCUCGCUCGUCCUGAAUAUGGUGUGGUAGCGCUAGAACACCGCCAUCUCGCGCUGAAGAGCCUGAUCAACAUUCUUAACCACAGCGAAUGUGACGCUCAAGACAUGGAUGAGAUGCUUGGACUGAUUCUGAUGUUAUGCUGGUUUGAGAUCUCUGAUGGUUGUAACCCCUCUUGGGUCAAGCACCUUGAUGGCUUCCGCCGCUUGAUUCACCGCCGCCAAAGGUUAGCUGGGGGCAACUCGCUCCGCAGAAACGACUUGGAAUCGUUUUUCAUUCAGUACUUUGCAUUUCACUUGGUUCUCGCGAAAACGGCUUUCAGAGUGGAAGAGAGCGGUCUGGACAGUGCUCACGUCUCUCCGAAAUUAUCAACGAAGACGCUUGCAUCUGCCGAAACUGGCGAGGUAUCUAUGGCAUUGAACUCAUUCACCUCAUCAACUUCAUUCCUUUCUUUGCACAUGGACCUUGACAGCCUCCAUGAUAUCGAUCCAUAUAUGGGUUUCAGCAAUUCACUUCUACUAUUGAUCAACGAGGUAGCAGAUCUUGCCAGCACCAGUUCAUCUCCCGACUCCCAAGAUAACUUUGCCACUGCUACCGUGCUCCGACUCAAGGCCUCCCUUGACGAGCUUCAACAGUGCCUCCCUGAAUCAGCAAUGCUAAAUAUGAGUCUGGUAACACGUCGACCAGCCUUUACCUCCACAGCAGAAACCUACCGUCUCGGAGCACUCCUCCUUCUCCAUGAGGUUUUGAUGAAUUCCUAUUCAGGAUCACUUGCUUACAAUCAGGUAUUUCAACCUGCGGACAAGCAUCAAUAUACACAUUCCAUUAUCCAACUCAUUGACGAAAAUCUUGAGUGCAUGAUAAGUACAGCCGUACUGCCUCUAUGGCCUCUGUUUUUGGCGGGAUGCUGCGUUGACAACGAAGAAGAACGCAUGACUGCCCUGCGAUUAUUCGAAUUGAUAGAGCAUCGAAAACGGUUCGGGAAUAUUAAACCCGCGCGUAAGGUGAUGGAGAUGGUCUGGACCCAGAGGGAUCUAUCAAAGGAUGUACGUCAACGCAGCGACUUGAACAACAAUUCCGGUCCACAAUUUCGAAAGUAUCGUGAGCAAUAUGAGUGGGAGCGUGCCUCGGACAUGUUGGGUAGAUGGAAGAUCAGUCUUACUUAA